ACGUGCGUACUUGAAUAUAUUUAAAUUUGGAGAUGCCACCAGGAUGAGGCAAGAGUUCCAACAACUACUAUAAAUGCUGUUAGUGUCAAACUAAGGGUACAGUUCACAGCUCUAAGCAUCCCUGACUACAUCUCAACCACAAACACCAGACAUGGCAUUCAAGUUGGUAGUUCUCUCUUGCCUCCUGGCCCUCGCUCACGGUAGCGGGGUGCCCGCGGCCAUCGCCGCUGCUCCCGUGGCCUAUGCUGCCCCCGUGGCUGCUGCCAGGCUGGAGGAGUUCGACCCUCUCCCGCAGUACAACUUCGGAUACAACGUGGCUGACUCUCUCACCGGAGACUACAAGAGCCAGACCGAGCAGCGCAAUGGAGACCUGGUGCAGGGCCAAUACUCUCUGGUGGAAUCUGACGGCACUCGCCGAGUGGUCGACUACACUGCUGACUCAGUGAACGGUUUCAACGCAGUAGUGCGCAACGAGCCCCUUGUGUUGGCCGCUGACCCUGCUCUCGCUCCCGCUCGCUACGCUGCAGCUGCCCCCGUGGCCGUUGCUCAGGCUGCUCCAGUUGUUGCUGCUGCAAAAUUCACUGCCGCGCCAGCCUACGCCCGUUACGUCGCCAAUGCCGUCGCUGCUCCGGCCCGCGCGGUCUACGCUCGCUACACUACUGCCACCUUAGCUGCUGCUCCUGUGGCUGCUGCCCCUGUAGCUGCUGCUCCUGCUCCUGUAUUCGCUGCUCGCUACGCAGCCGCUCCCUACGUAGCGUCUAGCUAUGUAGCUGCACCUGCAGCGGCUGCUUACAGAGCCGCGUAUUCUGCUCCGGUUGCUGCCGCCUACUCUGUGCCCUAUGCUACUCAAGUAGCAGCUGCGUACACAGCGACAGUACCCGCUGCGUACAGUGCUCCCGUGGCAGCUGCCUACACAGCGGCAGUGCCCGCUGCGUACACAGCGGCGUUGCCUGCAGCGUACAGUGCUCCCGUGGUGGCUGCGUACAAGGCGGCUCCCGUAGCUGCAGCAUACAGUGCACCUGCACCCACGGCUGUAGCCCCCGCCCCCGCCUCCACCGCCCGCGCCGCUCCUGCCAAGAUCGUAGAAUCAUCAGCUGCCGGAUACCGUUACCCUUGAAUGCCAUAAUCUGAUACAAUGAUACCUGUAUACCUCUAAAGACUUGUUUUGUAUAUACGACUUCAUUUUUAUUUUAUUUUUUCUACGAAACGAAAUAAAUUCAUGAAAUUUUGAA